ACUCGACUCAUACACAGAAAGACAAAAGCUACUACGGAGUGGGCGUUUCGUUUGAUGAAGAUCCAAGUUAGGAGGUCGUUGUUCAAGUCUUCUAUUGGUGCGUCUUUGUUGCUUUCGUUUCACAGCUUCAGCACUGGCUGUGCAGAUCAAGCACAUAACCAUGACAAUUCAUCCUUCGGCAUCACGGUCAUAUUAUCCCGCAAGCUUGCAUUCCUGCGUAUCUUGCUCUCAACCAAGUCUCCGGUAUAUUGUGACUGGUGCAAUUCGAUUCUUGGUGUGUAUCCCCUGGCACUGUUCAAGUGGAUCACAUUAUGCAAUCCUUGUCCCCAAAUGCCCCACAUAUGCUUUUAGACAUCGUCACCGCGCUAGCCAGAUGGCAAUCCUGUUCACACCUUUCCAACCUUUUCCCUGAUUUCCUGGCUCUAGCUCCCCAUAAUC